AUAUAAUAACCGUAAUUCCAGAGGAAGCAAAACUACUUCGAGAAGAUAAUAAUUUUGCAACAGCAAAAUUGCAAGAAGCGAUGGAAAUGCAACAUGACUCCAGCGAUAUAUCUGCAAUAGCAGAAAAUGAUGAAAAUAUACCACAAACGCAAGAUAUUGGAGCUACUGCACGAAUUGCUUGGUACAAAACCGUUUAUGUCACCAGUAGCAACUACGUCCUCAACUGGUAAAAGGACUGCUUCUGAGUCAUGUUUCGAUCUAACCGAUGAUGACGUUAAAAAAGAACCACAAAAUAAAAAAAAGCAACGAACAUAUUCUGCAGAACAUUUAUUAACGGAAUUGAAGGAAAAUAGAGAUCUGACAGAAGUUGCUACCGAAAGAAGACAUCGAGAAAACAUGGACAUGCGAGAAAGACUUUUGAAAUCAUUUGAAGAUAUGGUUAAGGCUUUGACGAACAAAUAAGUGUCUUUGUUUCUUUUACUUUUUGUCUAAUUACUAUAAUAAUAUAAGUCAAUAUUUCUUUACAUAUAUAUUUCAUAUUACACAACUGAUUAAUGUUUUUAGUUAAAUGCAACGUGAUAUAUAAUGUGAUAUAUUUUUAGUUUAAUGUAACGUGAUAUGAAAUAUAUGU